AUGAACUACGCUACUGGUUCUGUUGUUGACGAUGAUGCAGCUGAAGGAGCAACCGCUCAUACAGGUACAGGUGGUAAUAAUUCGCUGCCAUCGGAGGAACCAGACGCACGAUCAGGCGAGGGAGGGCGGAAGAAGCUAACUAAGGAGCAGAAGAAGGCUCAACGAGGUGCAAACAAAGGAAGGAAAUUUGGUAAGAUAAGGGAUGACCUUGAGCUAUGCUGGAGAGUAGCAAAUGGGAAGUUUUGUGAAUUUGGCUCAGAGUGUCGGUUCACUCACGAUGUUGAAGCUUACCUUGCCGCAAAACCCAAAGACAUCCGCUUUCCUUCUGCCUCAAAUAUAACGGAUACACCACCGUUUGUCCAGGAAUUGUCUAAUACUGAUUACGAAAGCUUCGCAAAUGGAAAAUACCCUUCUCUGGACCUUAAAACUAUUUGUCCUGGCUUUGAAGAAAUAGGUGAAUGUAGGCUGGGUCUGAAAUGCAGAUACCUUGGUGCGCACGCCGGUAUAGACGAAGAUGGCGCUCUUGCGUUAGUCGCAGACGAAGAAAAACAGAUGAAAGCUGGCUCUGCAGCUGAACUCAAUUAUGUUAGCCAGGAAGCAUUGAAACUACUUCGGUCUAGGAAGUACCCACGUCCUGUUACCGACGCUUAUUUAAAAGAGCUCGAAAGCAUGGAUCAAGACGUGUCAGCCAAGGAAAUUCGUGAAAAGAUUGACAACGAUAUUUCUCAGCAAGAACUUGACAAUGAUGCUAUUAUACUCCAACGCACUGGAGACAACAUUUCUCAAGUAGACUCUCCGGAUGUGCCCAUGCGAUUUUCCGAAAAGAAAAGACUUCGCUGGGAAGGAAAAAGCUACCUCGCACCUCUUACGACUGUUGGUAACCUUCCAUUUCGUCGACUUUGCGUAUCUCUCGGCGCAGAUAUAACGUGCGGUGAAAUGGGACUCGCUACGUCUUUUUUAUCUGCCUCUAAAGAAGAAUGGUCGCUGGUCCGACGGCACCCUUCUGAAACUACAUUCGGGGUCCAACUAGCGGGCAACAAACCGUCGACUAUGGUGCCUACAGCGGAGAUUCUAGGAAAAGAGUUCGCAGGUAGCAUAGAUUUCGUUGAUGUGAACUGUGGCUGUCCGAUUGACUUGGUUUUCCGUACUGGGAGUGGUUCAGCGUUGCUUGAUACCCCUGGAAAGCUAGGGAAGAUUUUAAUCGGUAUGAAUAAAGCGCUGGGAGAAAUCCCCGUCACUGUCAAACUUCGUACCGGCGUGAAAGAUGGGAGGAAUACCGCUCACAAGCUGAUGCCUCGUCUCGGUUCAGAAUUCAAUGUCGGGUGCAUUACGCUACACGGACGGACCCGACAACAGCGUUACACCAAGCUAGCAGACUGGAACUACAUAAAGCAGUGCGUGGAAGCUGUUCGCACAAGAGAAAAAGAUGAAGACUGUGUGUGCCUUUUUCUACCCCCCAUCCCAAUCUUCGGCGGAGGGGAUUGUUUCUCGGCUCAAGAUUAUUGGUCAAAUGUCGAGGAGACCGGGGUCGAUGGGAUCAUGGUUGGGCGCGGCGCCCUGAUUAAACCUUGGAUAUUUACAGAAAUCAAAGAACGCAGGGAAUGGGAUAUCAGCUCUCGAGAGCGCCUAGAGUUGAUCGGAAAGUACGCUGAGUAUGGUCUGAGCCACUUCGGUACUGACACGGCAGGAGUCAACACUACUCGCAGAUACCUCUGCGAAGCUUUGUCUUUCCAUUAUCGUUACGUUCCAAUUGGAUUACUGGAACGCCUUCCAGGUCGCAUUAAUGACCGCCCACCAGCAUUCAAAGGUAGAGAUGAGCUAGAAACCCUGUUGGCAAGCGGGGAUAGCCGUGACUGGGUAAAGAUUUCUGAGAUGUUUCUUGGGCCAGCCCCUGAAUUGUGGUCCUUCACUCCAAAACACAAAAGCAAUGCACAUGGCGAAGAAAGUCAAGGGUAA